CGGUUUAAUCCAGUUGACAGUGUCGAUUCCUCCAAAACCACUAUUAUCUACUCUUUUUUACUAUCGACAAUUUUCCCCAACAAUUACAACAAUUACGCCAUUUUUUUCAGACCCCAAUAAAAUUUUUAAAUUAAAAAUCUAAUAAAUCAGUAAUUGCUGAUUUUUUCGCGGAUUUAUGAUUUUAUUUUACUAAUAGAUUUACAUUUAUGCGUUACGUCAGGAAGACGAGUAUAAUAAUUCAACUCCAAUUUCGCACAUUUCUAUUGUUGGUCAUUAACUAGUGAAUUCAAAAAUAGUGAAACAAUAAUAGUCAAUAUUUUAACGUACGAUAAACGCAAUUAAAGUACGUGAGAGUGACCAACAAGUGUGAAAUAAAGUAAUUCCUUUGAAGAUGCGUUUCCGACUGCUGAUUCUCUUCCUGGUGCUGUGGACGUCCUCAGCAGAGCACCAGACAUCCCAGGAGGAGUCCAUCAACGCACAUCCAACACUGGAGCACAGUUUUUUAUGGGUGGAUUACUCAGUGCUGGGUGUUAUGCUCCUGGUGUCGUGCCUCAUCGGGACAUUUUACGCAUUUUGCACGAAAAAACAGGAGACCAGUCAGGAUUUUCUCCUGGGUGGAUCCAGCAUGGGGACUUUGCCGAUGGCUAUGUCCCUCGGGGCGAGUUUCAUCACUGCCAUUGAAUUGCUGGGAAAUCCCGCGGAGAUGUACUCCCAAGGCACCCAGUUCUGGAUGACAUGUGUCUCAUUUAUCCUGGUGAUUCCCAUCACCUCGCAGUUGUACCUCCCGGUGUACAUGAAACUGCGAUUGACGUCGAGCUACGAGUACUUCAACCUGAGAUUCCACAGGCACUGCAGACUCCUAGCCAGUGGUCUCUACAUGCUACAAAUGAUUCUGUACACAUCGGUUGCUGUUUAUGCUCCAGCUCUAGCUUUGAGUCACGUUACUGGACUUCAUAGAUACAUAGCUGUGUCCCUUGUUUACGUUGUCUGCAUUUUUUAUGCGUCUCAGGGCGGCAUGAAAGCCGUCAUUAUGACGGACACCUUCCAGGCUAUUGUUCUGCUCCUUUCCCUCUUUGUCAUCGUCGCCCUGGGUAUGAUCAAUGCAGGAGGAAUAUCUUCGGUGUGGAAAGACAGCUGGGAUACCGAUAGGAUCGAGUUCUUCGUCAUGGAUCCCAGUCCUACAAUUCGCCACAGCUUUUGGAGUGUCGUUGUGGGUGGGACCUUCUACUGGGCCACAAUGUUCUGCAGCAAUCAGGCAUCUGUGCAGAAAUACAUGAGUGUCAAAUCGAUUGGUCAAGUGAGAAAGGCCCUCUGGGUUUCUGCUCUCAGCCUCAUUGUCAUUUACACCAUCAAUUUCCUCACCGGAAUGGUCCUCUUCUCGGUGUACAAGACCUGCGACCCUCUGAAGGCAUCCCAGAUAUCAGGAAUGGAUCAACUUCUUCCCCUUUAUGUCAUGAACUUCAUGGGAAAGUAUCCCGGAAUUCCUGGCCUCUUCGUUGCUGGCAUUUUCGCUGCUUCUCUGGGAACUGUAGCUAGUGCUCUCAACUCUCUAGCAGCCCUCACCUGCGAGGAUAUUCUCAAUGGGCUCUUCCAUAUUCAAGUUCCUCCCAGCAAGGGAGCUGCAUAUGCCAGAUGGAUCAGCAUCUUCUUCGGAGUUCUCAGCUUCGCUUUUGUCUUCAUUGUCGAACGUCUUGGAAGUGUUCUUCAGGUUGCUCUCUCCUUCAAUGGAAUGGUCGGAGGGAUAACCCUGGGGAUGUUCACCCUGGGAAUGUUCAUCCCCUGGUCGAACGCCAAGGGAACGAUAGCUGGAGCUCUCACAGCUCUCGUCCUUGUCCUGUGGAUAUGCCUGGGAGCUCAGGUGGCUGUGCUCAAUGGAGAAAUCGAGACAACGACCAAAUUCACAUCCAUUGAAUCCUGUUUCGGCCUCAACAACACUUCCGCAAUGGAUUCCAUGCCAACAGAGUCUUCAGAAAUGGUUUCUUCCUUCUACAGGAUCAGCUACCUCUGGUACAGUGCCAUCGGCUGCAUUGUCACAGUUAUCAUAGGGACACUCGUCAGUUUUCUCACUGGUCCUCAAGAUCCAGCCGAUCUCGACUACGACCUCCUCAGCCCACCCAUCAGGUACCUCCUCAACAGGUCCCCCAAGAAGCACAUCACUGGGAUCACGAAUUUCGCAUUGGAACUCGAAGACGAGAAAAUCACCGGUGACACCACCAAGAGUCCAAAAUAACUUUCAAUAUAUGUCUAUCAACGGGAGAAAUUGUUUAUACAUAUUCUACAAGAUUUUUUAAUGGAAUUGAUCUUGAAGAUUCUCGAAUGAAUUUUUCCCCCUCUUGUGGGAUAAAUAAUCCUCAGGAAGUUCAUGACUGAACGUAAUUAGAAGAUCUAAAGGUUGAAUAUUGUAUCUAGCUCGUUAAUGUCUAAUACCAGUUCUAUUGCGUAUUUUAAUUGAUUGUUGUAAUGAAUAGGGUGAGCUUGAGGCUCACAUUUGCGGCCAGUAAUUAAAUAUCUAACGAUGAAAAUUUAAUUUAUGAUCGUUACUGUAUGGCAUGGUAUCUUGGCCGAGUACUUAUGUCAAUUGUAUUACGUUUAUUGUACAUAUUUCGCAUUUAGUUGUAAUUAUUCCAUUGUCGUUGAAACAAUAAAACAGUAUUUAAAGUCUUUUACUUG